GUUUUUUGUGCCAUAAAGCUAUGAGUUAACGGGUGCAUUGAAAAUCCAUACAGUUCCGUAUUUUUCCAAUCGGAUCUCCGCAAUCCGAGAGCAUCGCUUCGCUAUCUCCCGUACUUCCUUGAUGACGACGCGUGAAAGGAUUUAAUUUGCUUCCACAUUCUCUUUCUGUGACUGAGGUUGCUCAUACCCCAAGUCAUUGACGCUUCUCAGGCCUUCCAAUGGGGGGUACGAAGAGUAAGUCAAAGGAUCCAGGCCAGAGGUCCCUGAGCCUGGAUGGCGCCAUUGGAAUGGGCUCUGGAAACGAGCACCACCUCAACCAUGCCCCUCAAACCCAGACGCCCAAUCGGAGCCCGGCGGUUGGGGCGCAUCGACUCAGUAACCACACCCACAGCAAUAACGCUGAGCUGGCCCUUUUCGGAGGGGUGAACCAUACAGCGAGCAUCACAUCUCCACACAGGAGUACACUCGCAGGAGGUGUCACUACAUUUGUGGCUCUCUAUGACUAUGACUCACGCACCGCCUCUGAUCUGACGUUCAAGAAGGGCGAGCGACUGCAGAUCCUUAACAACACGGAGGGAGACUGGUGGCUGGCACAUUCAUUAACCACAGGAGAGAGUGGAUACAUCCCAAGCAAUUACGUCGCACCUUCUGACUCCAUCCAGGCAGAAGAGUGGUAUUUUGGUAAGAUAACUCGUCGCGAUUCUGAGAGACUGCUUCUCAGCCUACAGAAUAGAAGAGGAACUUUCCUCGUCAGAGAGAGCGAGACCACAAAAGGAGCAUACUGCCUGUCUGUGCUGGACUAUGACAACGUUAAGGGCCUCAAUGUCAAACACUAUAAAAUCAGAAAGCUGGACAGCGGAGGGUUUUACAUCACAUCACGGACGCAGUUCACCAGCCUGCAACAGCUGGUCCUCCACUACCGCCAGCAUGCGGAUGGGUUGUGUCAUGUUCUGACAGAAAUAUGUCCGGUUCUGAAGCCUCAGACCCAGGGACUGGCCCGAGACGCCUGGGAGAUUCCUCGCGAGUCCCUCCGUCUGGAGGUGCGACUAGGCCAGGGCUGUUUCGGAGAAGUCUGGAUGGGCACAUGGAACGGGACAACGCAAGUGGCCAUUAAGACCCUGAAGCCUGGAACCAUGUCUCCAGAGGCUUUCCUGGAGGAGGCACAGGUCAUGAAGAAACUCCGACACGAGAAGCUGGUGCAGCUGUAUGCAGUGGUCUCCGAGGAGCCUAUUUACAUCGUCACUGAAUUCAUGAGCCAAGGUAGCCUGCUGGACUUUCUCAAAGGUGAUAAAGGCAAACUCUUGCGUCUACCUCAGCUGGUUGAUAUGGCUUCUCAGAUAGCAGCUGGCAUGGCCUAUGUGGAGAGAAUGAACUACGUUCACAGAGAUCUCAGGGCUGCGAACAUCCUUGUUGGGGACAGCCUAGUAUGCAAAGUGGCUGACUUUGGCUUGGCCCGACUCAUUGAAGACAAUGAGUACACUGCCAGACAAGGUGCAAAGUUUCCCAUUAAGUGGACUGCUCCCGAGGCAGCCCUGUACGGACGUUUCACCAUAAAGUCAGACGUCUGGUCGUUUGGUAUUCUUCUCACAGAGCUUGCCACCAAAGGCAGAGUUCCCUAUCCAGGUAUGGUGAACAGAGAGGUUCUGGACCAGGUGGAGCGUGGUUACAGGAUGCCCUGUCCGGCCGAGUGCCCGGCCUCCAUGCACGAGCUGAUGCUGAGCUGCUGGAGGAAGGAGCCUGAGGAGAGACCCACCUUUGAGUACCUCCAGGGCUUCCUUGAGGACUACUUCACCUCUACUGAACCCCAGUACCAACCCGGGGAGAACCUUUAGGGCUUCCAACAAAAAUGUCUGUGUGUGUCUGCCUGUGUGUGUCUGCCUGUGUGUGUCUUUCUGUGUGUGUGUGUGUGUGUGUGUUGCGGGGUGAUGUGGUGAUGGGAGGAUGAAUAUCAUUUGGUGAGAGGACUCUCUGUGCGUGAUGUGUGUGUCUAUCAAUGGACAGCUUGUUCUUUGAGAGUACAUGCCUAAAAAGCACUGAUAGAGAGAUGACCUCUCUUUCUCUCUC